CACAGAUAUCCAUCUGCUUCGCAUAUUCGCAAAGCGGAUUAUAGGAAGGCUCCAAAUUGGGAAAGAAUUACGAGAAUGAGUGUUGCAGUCAUACGGUGAGGGGUAUCCGAGGCUCUCUCCUGCACAACAAAGGACUAAUGUCGCAUAUCCAUACUAGCAGUGGGGCUCACCACGCCAGUCCGUCGAAGCCCAGGAAGGAAAGGAAGCCUUCCAUCACAACAAAACAGGGUGAUGUCCGGCAUUCGUAUGGCAACGAACGUCGCAACGGCAACCGUCUUGCACGCCAAACAAAAGGUUUGACGGCUGUGACGGAAGACCCAGAAAUUUCGACAGCGCGCGACUCCGCCAAAGGAACUUCAAAAACCGAGGUAUCGCACGGGUCGAAACCCUCAAGUCGAGCGCAAUCCUGCCGCAUCCAUGUAUACCGGCCACUGGACGAGCUGCUCCGCAAGAGAUCAAGGUUGUCUGCUCGGACGGACCGGAGUGGUCUGCGAGAGCAGAAAAAGAAACGUGUUGUCAAAUGGGUGUGCCGGACAGUAGGCGACGAUGGGCCCAUCUAUUUAUAUCGAUUGCCGAAAGCUGCCCCUGGAGCCGAACCUGUGGCCCCAAAGAGGGAACCGAAGCGUCGCAUCGAAAGGGACGAAUAUGUAGAAAAUGCUCUCGUUGGACCCUAUGGGGUCACAGAAUCCAUCAUUCACCGCACCAAACCCAAAAUUCCCGACCCGCCGCAGGCAGCUGAGUCGUCACAGAAACAGAAUGCGCAUUUGAGCAACUUCCUGUACAAUCCGCCGCCCAUUCCUUGUCGAUGGAACCGAGAAAAGCGGCCACACACAAUGCCUCCUAUGACGGCUCCAGCGGCACCUGAACAACAUCGGGUCCGCUUGGCAUUGAUGACUCCGGCGAAUCCGUACGGACGACCUCGCACAAUGAACGACUCACCAAAAUCAAGCCUCAGCGACUUUUUAACAUGCGGGCCCGAUUUGGCCUUGUCCGAUCCGAACCGAUUGAAAUUGGUGCAAUCGCAUAUCCCGAAAAUGCCAGCCUUAACGCGGCCGCAGACUGUUCAUGGAGACACAAAUAAGCUGGCCAUCUCCUUCACGGCCCACGUUUUUGGUGGCGGCGGCGAUAUUAGAUCAAGUACAACUGGCCGACUAUUGUAUACGGUGCGACCGCGGCGGGCGGGCGGUAAUACAAGUCUCUUCAUCUACGAUAAGUCGAACAGGGCUGUAUGGAAAAUCACACCACGUCCGGGGGGGCCUGUCGGGUUUAACUACGACCUAUACAUUAGGGGCAAAAAUCUAUCUUGCGGGGGUGCAGGUUGGGUGCUACGGGCGAUGGUGGAUCGGGACACUAGGUCACCCCGGCUGCAGCUUCGAUGGAAGGGAAGUCCAGUAGCAAUGCUAGGGGAUACCAAUGGGACGAACUUUCGUUUCCAACACGUCGUUUCAUCCCUUUUCGUUGGACAUUUGAGCAAAGAAACCAUUUCCUCGCCCCUGCCUCAAUUAGUGCCGGCCGCUGACCCACCACAUGCAUCGCCGUCGCCCACCGCUACGCCGUCGCACGAUCGGCCACCCGACAACACGGUCUCCAAUUCAAGAUUCCUCGACCGAUGGUCGCUGAAAGUGUAUGAAAUCGAAGCCCAAAAGGGGAUGGCAGAUGCAGCAUCCUUGGCACAUGGACAUCCCUUAGCGACAUCGGGUGAAGAUGACGACGUGCUUCCUUCCGAGAUUUUUAUAGCCGGUGCGCUUGUGGUGCAAUAUUUUAUGCGGAAGGAACGCGAGAAUGGUGCAGGAUGAAGAUCCGUAGGGAUAGACUCCUCAACAUUUUAGACGAUAAAGGAGCCUGUAGGGGACACCAUGUUAUAAUGGUAGCUAUACAUUUAUGGGCGCAAGAUACGCUCGUGUCACCGAUACGAUGCGGCGUUCCUAUACCAACAAACAUCAUUACCUCUGCCUGAGGCGUCGCCGAUGAUGGCAACUUGUACCAACAAACACGCAGAAAUGUUCUUCCACAUGGGCAUGAGAGAGGCGCGCCAACCUGGCUCUGUUUUCGACAAGCUUGAAAUCGACCCUUCACCUCAGCAUGUGGAGAAUAGUCCCAUAGACGUUGGGCGUGGACUUUUUCGCGGCAUUACUUAAGAACAGUCUCUUGUUGGAUGACUUUUUCUCCAGAACAAUUCCAUUUCA